GCAGAGGAGAAUCCCAUCCUUGGCAACAGCUGCUCCUAUACACAAGUACAGAGCCCUCCUCAUGUAUAUGGAUGGGCCGGCAGUGAGGGGGGAUUACUUUUGGCUCCUUUCCCUUGUCUCUCCCUCUUUGCUCCCCCGACCCCCAAUGAACGAGCGAGGUAAGGGGACCCCCAUGUCGGCUCAGAGGAGCAGUGUGUGGCAGUUGUGAGGACAGUGUGUGGCAGUUGUGAGGAGCAGUGAGUGGCAGUUGUGAGGAGCACAAUGAGGGGGCAAAUGAGCUCACACGUAUCACUAACGCAACCAGCUGCCAUUUCCACUCGGCUGCGGCUCAGCCCUCCAUUUUCUGCCUAAAUCUUCUUGCUGCUCGGGCUCUCCCUUCGCUUUAUGUGGAUUAUCCCGCGAUUGAUAUUUGCCUCCCGCUUCCCGAGCGCUCAGAGCCGCCGCCUCCCGCUUCUCAUGUGUCACUGACAAUUCAGCGUUUUGCAGCCGCCGCCGCCUGCCGCUACUUAUGGGCCACUGACAAUUCAGCGUUUUGUGCCGCCGCCGCCGACCCCCCAGGGAUGAGAAUCUGCAAGAUGGUCCGGGUCGCGAGUGUCUUGGGACUGGUCAUGCUGAGCGUCGCCCUCCUCAUUCUGUCCCUCAUUAGUUACGUGUCCCUGAAGAAGGAGAAUCUCUUCACCACCCCCAAAUAUGUCAGUGCCGGGGGGCCCCGUAUGUACAUGUUCCACGCGGGAUUUCGGUCUCAGUUUGCGAUGAAGUUCUUAGACCCUUCGUUUGUACCAAUCUCUAAUUCCCUGACCCAAGAGUUGCAAGAGAAGCCUGCCAAGUGGGUGUUCAACAAGACGGCAUUUGCACGACAGAGGCGAGAGAUUCUCCAGAAUGUUGAUGUCAUCCGAAACUUCUCUUUGACCAAGAACAGUGUAAGGACAGGACAAUUAAUGCACUAUGAUUACUCCAGUCAUAAAUAUGUCUUCUCUGUCAGUAAUAACUUCAGAUCGCUGCUCCCCGACUCCUCUCCCAUCAUGAAUAAACAUUACAAUAUCUGUGCCGUCAUUGGGAACAGCGGGAUUCUCACGGAAAGCCAGUGUGGAGCUGAAAUUGACAAGGCUGAUUUUGUCUUUCGUUGCAACUUUGCCCCAACCGAGGGUUUCCAGAAAGACGUUGGAAGGAAGACCAACCUGACAACCUUCAAUCCGAGCAUCCUUGAGAAGUAUUACAACAAUCUAUUGACUAUACAAGAUCGGAACAAUUUCUUUUUGAGUUUGAAGAAGCUCGAUGGGGCCAUUCUCUGGAUCCCAGCUUUCUUUUUCCAUACGUCUGCAACCGUUACUAGGACAUUGGUUGACUUCUUUGUUGAGCACAGAGACCAGCUGAAAGUUCAGUUAGCUUGGCCGGGAAACAUCAUGCAGCAUGUUAAUAGGUACUGGAAGAACAAGCACUUAUCCCCUAAACGUUUGAGCACUGGUAUCCUAAUGUACACUCUCGCCUCUUCAAUCUGCGAAGAAAUCCACUUGUAUGGCUUUUGGCCCUUUGGAUGGGAUCCCAACACAGGGAAAGACCUUCCGUACCAUUAUUAUGACAAAAAGGGAACCAAAUUCACCACCAAAUGGCAGGAAUCCCACCAGCUUCCGGCAGAGUUUAAAUUGCUGUACAAAAUGCACCGAGAAGGACUUACUAAGUUGACUUUAUCACAAUGUGCCUAAGAACAAAGAAAAAAAGAAUGUGCCAAUUGAUAAAAGUGCCCAAAAUGUAAAUGUAAUAUUCAUUGGGGGGAAUAGGAACAGAAAUGUACUUAAUGACGUAGAAUGUAGAUUCUCUCAUCUGUCUUUUGUAAUAUUUGCUGGGUUGUUUAGUUAGUGUUUAGCAAUGUAAAGCUGAUGAACAUUCACUAAAACGACAAUGAGUGAACAUAUUUCCUCUUGGGAUACAGUUUGCAGCCAUGAAUUUGCUUCAAUUUAUGUAUCCCCCAUUAACGUUGAAAAUUAUUAACAUCUUUGGGCAAAAAGGAUCAAAUUUGAAAAGCAACUGGAAUAUUUACGUAAUCUGAAAGCCAAACAAUUAUUAUUGAUUCAGUCGAUUCAGAUCGACUGAAACUCCCACAAAGUAUUUGAACAAUUAUAAAACCAAAUCCAAACUCUAAUUUCACAAAACGUAAACAAAAAUGCUUCAUCUGUUUACAAAAAAAAAAUCAUAUUCAAUUUACUGUAUAUUCACGAAUUCUGAGCUGAUUUGUUGAACUAUAGUCAGGACUGUAGGAUUGCACAAAAUUGUAUAAAAAUUGGAAUAUUGAUUUUCAUUGCACAAUUUUGUGUGUUUUAAUGAAAAAGAAUUGCAAAAGAAUUAUUAUAACGUCAGCUGGGACCUGCCAACAUUCCAUAGAAUGCCAUAAUAUAUUUUCAGAAUUUUGUAAAUUAUCAAGUUUUUUCAAUCCAGUGUUGGACUGGGGUACUAGGGGUCCAAUCGAAAUCCUUAGACCACUGACCCAUUUUCCAAACUAUUUCAUUGUCUCCUCUUUUCAUACUCUCCUCUGUCAUUCCUUCCAUUUAAGUUAUUUUUUCUGUCAUGCAGAAAUAGGUUAUAACCAUGGUAUAGGCUACAAGUCCCAAUUGUUGGGUGAGCACCCAACCAUUUAGUCCACUGGCACCCUGGGCCCACCAGGAGUUUAGCUGGACGCCCAGUCCAACACUGCGACAAACACAAAUUGGCUUCAAAAUGCAUUGAAAACUGAGAUUUUCCAUAAAUAUGUGCAAACUUGAAGAAAAACAUAGGAAAAGUCACAGUGGCGAUUAGUCAUCAUUAUGUAUGAUUUUUUUCCAUCACUGUAUUAUUUUUAAUUAAUUCAGCCAAACUGAAUCCAACCUAAAGAUUCAUGUGAAUGUAAAUGAAAACAGGUGCGUCCCUAGUUACUUUUUAUUUUGGGCUUGAAGUUUCCUGAAAUUUGAAAUGUGAAAUUUUGUUAUGGUUUUCAUUUGAUAAUCUACUAAGGUUUUUCGGGCGUCAACUCGAAAAAGUGACACGAUUCCAGCAUCAAAUCGAUAAAAUGGGGCACGAUUGGUAAAUAAGGGGAUUUGAGUUUGGUCGACUUUAUCAAAAUUUAGCCUCAAAAACUUGAAUUUAUUGGAUUAUUGAAUGAAAAUGCAAGCAGCCCGGAACUAUAGAGAAUCCUGAAGGUAAAAAACAUUACAAUUAUGAAAGGGACCAUCCGACAUUGACUUCUACAUUAUUUUGACUGUUUUAAGUAUCCAAAGUUUUAGUUUUUGGUUUCCUCUAAAAAAAUCAGUUUUUCCCCUUUAAAAACUUGACCAGAAACAUUUUAGGUUUAAUAAAUAGGCCCUUUGUAGAAAUUUAAAUAAAACACUUGCUUUGAGUCAAUUAUAUCUUGGAAUUAUUUUUGUUGAAAAAACGGCCUCGACAAGAUCCUAGAAAAAUUCUGUGGAGGUAGAAAUGCAAUGUUUCGUUGAGAUAAAAAUUUAGCAUAUUGAGUUUCGAUCAAUCAUAGUGUACAAAUCAAUCAAAAUGUCAUGCUGAUCUGCAAAAUUAAAAUGGCUUUAUUUAUUUAUAUUUUAGAAUUUCAACCUACUUGUAACUGGCUAAAAUAGGUUUGGUUAGCGUAAGGGGCAACUAAAAACAUCUCCAUGGUCCAGACAUUUCUAGCCCCAAUAUGUCAAUAGUUUUUAUACUAUUAUACUGUAGGUUCCCUUAUUUUCAGUACCAAAUUGCCAUGCAUUGAAUAAACCAACAACAAAUCUUUGUGGCUGCAGCAAAGUCCCAUCUACAGAUUCAACAAUGGGAUCCAAACCUACGUAACGCGUGAAGAAUAAGAUAAGACUAUGCAAACUAUGUAAUUUACAAAAAUGCCUUGUAUUUCUGAAUUCGGCAAAGUUGCAGUUUAUUUUUUGUUUACAUCUCAUACAUCGUUAUUUUAUUCACUUCCAGAAGUUCCUAGAUGGGCAUAGGGUUAUAUUUGGAUUAAUUCCAUGUCUGGAUGAAAAAAUCUAAAUCUUGGCUUUUGAAAGUCAUAAUUAUGAGUUUAAUGGGCCAAUUCACUAACUUCGAGUGAUG